AUGGCACAGCUCAGGGAGAUGUUGAAGAUGUCUACUCAGAGAGCUUGGAUCGAGAGAACUUUUCAGAAAAGAGAAUGUGUCCAGGUUAUUCCCAGCAAAGACAGCAGCAGGUGCAGUUGUGGUCAGCUCGUGGCGCAGCACACCUCCAUUCCUGCGGGGGUCAAAGAGGACGGAACCUCUCUAGUUCAGCUAGAGGUCCAUCCUAUAGAGAGAUGGAGCCCCCUCAAACACACCCAGAUUUCUCCCACUGAUGCCUACGGGGUCAUCGAGUUUCAGGGAGGAGGACACACCAACAAGGCCAUGUAUAUCCGGGUCUCUUAUGACUCUAAACCAGAUAACCUGCUCCACCUAAUGGUGAAGGACUGGCAGUUGGAGCUUCCCACACUGCUCAUCUCGGUUCAUGGGGGCCUGCAGAACUUUGACCUGCCUCCCAAACUGAAGCAGGUUUUUGGGAAAGGACUGAUCAAAGCAGCAGUGACCACAGGAGCCUGGAUUUUCACUGGGGGUGUCAGCACUGGAGUAAUCCGUCAUGUUGGUGAUGCUCUCAAAGAUCAUUCGUCAAAGUCCAGAGGAAAAGUCUGUGCUAUUGGCAUUGCACCAUGGGGCAUAAUUGAAAACAAAGAAGACCUCAUCGGAAGAGAUGUAACUCGGCCCUAUCAGACCAUGUCCAACCCACUCAGCAAGCUGUCAGUCCUGAAUAGCAGCCACUCCCACUUCAUCCUGGCCGAUAACGGGACCAGCGGGAAGUAUGGAGCUGAGGUCCGACUCCGCCGGCAGCUGGAGAAACAUAUUGCUCUUCAGAAGAUCAACACACGUCUGGGUCAAGGCGUCCCAGUGGUGUGUCUGAUCCUGGAGGGAGGUCCAAACGUCAUCUCCAUUGUGUUGGAGAGCCUGAAGGAGGACCCCCCUGUCCCCGUCGUAGUCUGUGACGGCAGCGGUCGAGCCUCUGACAUCAUUUCCUUUGCACACAGAUACUGCGAGGAAGAUGGGUUGCUGAGUGACAGCGUCAAAGAUCAGCUGCUGGUCACCAUUCAGAAAACCUUUAACUACAGCCGCAGCCAGGCGCAGCAGAUCUUCCUCAUGGUGAUGGAGUGCAUGAAAAGGAGAGCUCUGAUCACAGUGUUCAGGAUGGGCUCGGAGGGACAGCAGGACAUUGAGAUGUCCAUUCUGACAGCUCUGCUCAAAGGUACAAAUGCGUCAGCGUCUGACCAGCUGAGUUUGGCUCUGGCCUGGAACAGAGUGGACAUUGCUCGCAGUCAGAUUUUUGUGUAUGGACUCCACUGCCCUCCUGUGAACACUGUCACCACUGACCAGCCUAAAAGCCCGACGGCCCAGAGAGCAGCAACAGCAGGAGGAGGAGGAGGAGGCAAAGGGAAGGCCAGGGGGAAGAAAGGAAAGGGAGGCAAAACCAAACCUGAUCCUCCUGAGGAGACAGACCCCAGGAAACUGGAACUGCUCAGCUGGGUGAACUCUCUGGAACAGGCCAUGAUGGACGCCCUGGUGUUGGACAGAGUGGACUUUGUCAAGUUGCUGAUUGAGAACGGCGUCAAUAUCCAUCACUUCCUGACUAUUCCUCGUCUCGAGGAGCUAUACAACACGAAGCUGGGACCAGCCAACACACUGCAUUUCGUGGUCCGGGAUGUGAAGAAGGGAAAUCUUCCUCCAGAUUACCAGAUCACGCUGAUCGAUAUUGGCCUGGUACUUGAGUUCCUGAUGGGCGGAGCCUACCGCUGUAAUUAUACCAGGAAGAGCUUCAGGACGUUGUACAACAACCUGUACGGCCUGAAGAGACCUAAAGCUCUGAAACUUCUUGGAAUGGAGGACGAUGAGCCUCGUCCAAAAGGGAAAGGAAAGAAGAACAAGAAGAAGGAGGAGGAGAUGGACAUCAACGUGGAUGACCCCGAGGUAAGCAGGUUUCAGUAUCCCUUCCAUGAGCUGAUGGUGUGGGCUGUGCUGAUGAAGCGGCAGAAGAUGGCGCUGUUCCUUUGGCAGCGGGGCGAGGAGGCCAUGGCUAAAGCUCUGGUGGCCUGUAAACUCUACAAGGCCAUGGCCCACGAGUCGUCCCAGAGCGAGCUAGUGGAUGACAUCUACCAGGACCUGGAGAACAAUUCCAAGGAGUUUGGUCAGCUGGCCUAUGAGCUGCUGGAUCAGUCGUACAAACAUGACGAGCAGGUGGCCAUGAAGCUGUUGACUUACGAACUAAAGAACUGGAGUAACUCCACCUGUCUGAAGCUGGCUGUCGCUGCCAAGCACAGAGACUUCAUCGCGCACACCUGCAGCCAGAUGCUGCUGACCGACAUGUGGAUGGGCUGCCUGAGGAUGGGCAAGAGCAACAGCCUCAAGGUGAUUUUGGGGAUCAUUUUUCCUCCUGCGAUUCUCCUCAUGGACUUUCGUCUUGGAGACGAAGCUUCAUAUCAUUCUUCCAAAGACAACGAGGACGGCAAAACUAGAGACGACAACAAAUCCAGCAAGGACGCUGUCUCGAAUCUUGACUCUGUGUCAAAGAAAGGAGAUGAAGAAGAGGAACACAAGAAACACAAGAGGAGGACUCCCAUCGGAAGGAAGAUCUAUGAGUUCUACAAUGCUCCAUUCACAAAGUUCUGGUUCAACACGAUUUCUUACCUGGUGUACCUCAUGUUGUAUAACUACAUCAUCCUGGUGAGGAUGGAGCGAUGGCCGUCUCUGCAGGAGUGGAUCGUCAUCUCUUACAUCAUCACUCUGGGACUGGAGAAAGUCCGACAGAUCCUGAUGUCUGAGCCGGGGAAACUGAAGCAGAAGAUCAACGUGUGGUUGGAGGAUUACUGGAACAUCACAGACUUGGUGGCCAUUUCCAUCUUCCUGCUGGGUUUACUGCUGCGCCUGCAGAAUGAACCCUCCAUGGGCUACGGACGUGUCAUCUACUGUGUUGACAUCAUCUUCUGGUACAUCCGAGUCCUCGACAUCUUCGGAGUGAACAAGUAUCUCGGACCCUAUGUCAUGAUGAUUGGCAAAAUGAUGAUCGACAUGCUGUACUUUGUGGUCAUCAUGCUGGUGGUGCUGAUGAGUUUUGGUGUAGCUCGCCAGGCCAUCCUCCACCCAGACGAGGAGCCUACAUGGCGUCUGGCUCGAAACAUCUUCUACAUGCCGUACUGGAUGAUCUACGGAGAGGUGUUUGCAGACUCCAUAGACCCUCCGUGUGGAGACAACAUGUACGAUGAAGACGGGAAGAAGCUUCCUCCUUGUAUCCCUGGAGCUUGGCUAACUCCUGCCAUCAUGGCCUGUUACCUACUCGUUGCCAACAUCCUGCUGGUCAACCUACUCAUCGCUGUCUUCAACAACACGUUCUUUGAGGUGAAGUCAAUCUCCAACCAGGUGUGGAAGUUUCAACGCUACCAACUGAUCAUGACCUUCCAUGACCGUCCCAUCCUGCCACCACCGCUCAUCAUCUUCCCACACAUCUACAUUGUCCUCAAGAGGCUGUGCUGCCACUGUAGGCGGAAGCCGGACAGAGAUCACGAUGACCGGGAGAGACGACUCCAGUUGGUGUUGAGUGCGGACGAACUGAAGAGUCUGCAUGAAUUUGAGGAGCAGUGUGUGGAGGAAUAUUUCAGAGAGAAAGAUGACGAGAAACAGUCCUCCAACAACGAAAGAAUCAGAGUCACAUCUGAGAGGGUGGAGAACAUGUUUAUGCGUCUGGAGGAGGUGAAUGAGCGCGAGCACUCGAUGAAGGCAUCCCUACAGACAGUAGACAUCCGUUUGGCUCAGCUGGAGGAGUUCUCUGGUCGGAUGAUGAAUGCCCUGGAGAAGCUGGCAGGCAUUGACCGGGCCGAGCUCGUCCACCCACGCUCCAGAGGAUCAUCAAUCUGUGAGCCGGCGUCUCUGCUGCGACACAGCAGCAUUAACAGCACCGAUGGAUACAGUCUGUACCGAUACCAGCUGGAGCACGAAGACAGGAAUUCUGUAUCGGGAGACAGAGAGGGAAACAACAGGAGGGUGCAAACAAGUCCAGAGAGACAAGGAGGACCCAGUGAGGGAGGAAAUACGACAGGUGAGGUGAAAGAGUCCAGGUCUACUCUGGAGGUGAAAGGACGAAAGGAGAGGACUCAGUCUCUGUCCAACAUUGACAUUCUUAUCUCCCCCUGUGACACCGACCACAGGCCCCUCCACACCAGUUCUGACAUGAUUGACACUAACGAGGAGAAACCAGCAGAGAAAACCCGACUGGAGCCAGCAGCAUCCUUUCCUCUGGACAAGUCAAAAGUCACACAGUAUUCAUCCUUUCUAACCCAUAGCAUCAGCAGCAUAAUAUCCCUUGCCCAUCAGGACCAGGAGGGUCCCCACGACUCACAUCAGACCUUGAGAUCUCCCAGCAUUCCUCAUUGGGGAGUCCACAACUCAAGUAAAGGUGAUGAGAUCAAACAGGAAGUGGAGGAGAAAACAUCCAGGCUAUCCGAUGAGAAACAGGGAGAUGAGGUGGUGGACAGUCACCAUGGUAAUGGAGAAGGUGAGGAGCCUUCAGAGGAGCUGCUGGUGAGGGAGGACAGGAUGUACCCAAAACUGCGCUCCAAGAGCCUGAACACCAACCCAAGAAAGACAAAGAAGAUGGAGGGGGAGGAGAUGCCUCGCUCAGCCAGCAGCGUCAAAGAUCUGGUGUCAGCAUUCAGCGGGUUCACAAGGGGGUCACAGUCCUGAAGAAUUGAGGUUACUCUGAGGUGUUACAGUGUG